AUGAGACUCAUCAAUCUCCUCCCACUUGCGCUCUCUCUCCUCCAUCUCAUCACAAGCAAAUCCUACUGCCCACCAAAACCAGCCUGCGAAAAAGAGCAGGCGAAGAUCUGGAACGAAUUCGUCGACGAGCUCUGGAUUAAGAAGAAUGUCAGUCUCGCCUUCACCACUCACGUCGAUCUGAGCUAUAUCCAGCACAACCCAUUCGCACCAUCGGGUCGACAAAUUGCCAUCGAUGCUCUGACAACAAUUUGGCCCACGCUCAAUUCUACGAUUAUGCAUAAUGGAUUUUCCAGUAAUACGGGAUUCUUACAUUAUCGUGGCGAUGGGGGUGGGGCGUAUCCCCAAGCUAUUAUUGAUAUUUUCAGGUUCGAUGGGACAUGCAUUAUGGAGCAUUGGGACGUGGUUCAGUCGUGGUCGCCGAAUUACACGAAUCCGCGUGCUCUGUUCUAA